ACAAUGAGUACUGUAUAUAGACAUAAUAUAGUCAUAUCAGGUAUUAUCUUAUAAGUUAUCCACAAGUCACAACAACAAAGUAUUUAAUUAGUAAUUAUUAAUUCUAUAUAAGACGUAAUACGCAUUUACUUGGCUUGAUUAUUUGAGUUGCAACUUACAGUUCACUUCAAUGUUUUAAAAUCACGACAGUAAUCAAAGUUUAAAGAAUCAAGAUGAAAUUUAUAUUUCUAGGAUUUUGCCUCUUUAUUGUUUUACUUGGUGAAAAUGUUUCUACCCAAAACCACAAGCCAUCUCCUGUGGGAGGUUACAAUGAUAUUAAUGCUGAUACUGAAAACAUGAAACAACUGGCUAUCUUUUCAUUGGAUUCUAUAACACAACAAACAAUGUCUAAAAGAUCCUUGGGGUUAAUCCGAGUUAUUUCUGCAAAAAGUCAGGUUGUAGCCGGAAUAAAUUAUAAAAUAAAACUAUUGGCGUGUGAAAAAGAUUCAUCAAAAGGCGAGGAUAUUGUCAUGGAUCACAAAAAUUGUCGAUCGUGUGAUGUAAUCAUAUGGGAACAAUCGUGGUUGAACAAUAAAAAUGUUACUAAAGUGGCUUGUUCUGAACCUUCUGAACUUGCUUCAUUUUCAAAUAUAGCUGUGACUAAAAGAGACAUACAUGAAAAUGUAAAUCUUGGAGGAAGAUUAAAUUUGAAUACUAAUGAUAAGAAAGUUCAAGAUAUAGUGGAUUAUGCUUUAUUGUCUAUUGAUAAAGAAGAAGGAUCUAAUAAACCACACGUGCUAUCAAAAAUUAUAAAUGUAUCCAAACAAAUUGUGUCUGGAAUUAUUUAUAAUAUUGAAAUGGAAAUAUGUGAGAAUUCUACAGGUGAAGUUGAUAAAAAGAAAUGUAGAAUUUGUAAUAUUAAAGUGUGGGAACAAGCAUGGGAAAACAACAAAAAUACUUUAAAAUUCAAUUGUUAUAAACCAAAUAAAACCAACAUAGAUACAUCAAAUUCUAAAACAUUUAUCCCGAAGAAAAAUAUUAAUGAUGAUCGAUUACAAUUAAAGUCAGAUUUUGAAAAUUUUAUCAUGGCAAAUAAUAAGAUGUAUUCUAGUCUUGAAGAAAAGAAUAGAAGAUUCCGAAUAUUUGCUGCUAAUAUGAAGAAAGUAAAAUUAUUACAAGCCCAUGAACAAGGAAGUGCUAUUUAUGGAGCUACGCAAUUUGCAGAUCUUACAAAAAAUGAAUUUAAAAAGAAAUAUUUGGGCCUGGACUCAUCAUUGUCAAGUAAAAACACAUUACCUAUGGCAGCUAUUCCACAGAACGCCUCUAUUCCUAAUGAAUUUGAUUGGAGAGACCACAAUGCAGUAACACCAGUAAAAAAUCAGGGAGCUUGUGGAUCUUGUUGGGCAUUCUCAGCCAUAGCCAAUAUUGAAGGACAAUAUGCAUUAAAAUCUAAAAAACUUCUGUCCCUUUCGGAACAAGAACUGAUUGACUGUGAUAAUUUGGAUAAUGGAUGUGGUGGUGGCUUAAUGACUCAAGCAUUUGAAGCUGUCGAAAAUUUAGGAGGCUUAGAGACAGAGUCAGAUUAUCCUUAUGAAGGUCACGCAGAUCGAAAAGGUUGCCAAUUAAAAAAAAGUGAAGUGAAGGUAUCAAUAUCCAAGGCUGUGAAUGUAUCUACAGAUGAAGAAGAUAUUGCCAAAUUUUUAGUUAAGCAUGGGCCCCUAUCUGUUGGAGUUAAUGCUAAUGCUAUGCAGUUUUAUAUGGGUGGUGUAUCACAUCCAAUCCAUGCAUUAUGUAGCCCCAAAUCAUUGGAUCAUGGUGUAGCCAUUGUUGGAUACGGUGUCCACAAAUAUCCUUAUUUAAAUACAACUUUACCGUUUUGGACCAUUAAAAACAGUUGGGGUGACAAAUGGGGCAUGCAGGGUUACUAUUUGCUCUACAGAGGUGAUGGAUCUUGUGGUGUCAACCAAAUGGUUUCUUCAGCAAUUAUUGAAUAAUUUCUUGUUAAAUUUUAAUCUAACAACUAAAUAAUUGUUCAAACCAUUAAAGAUUCUCAAAAUAACAUACUUAAUAAUAAACAUUGUAUUAAUGUUUUAAUUUUUUGAACUGUAGAAUUUUACUAUAUUAAUUUGAACUUAUGAAUAGAUUUUUAGUGUAUCUAACACUUAUUUUAUUAUUAUUAUUAUUAUUAAUCAUGAACUAUAGACGUACCUACUUAAUUUCUUUUUUAUAUCUAAUAUUACAAAGUUUUUUUAUUAUUUUUUUUUUUUUUUUAACUAAUAAAACAAUGAACAAUUAGAUUUAUAGCAUUUAGUUUAUCUACUAAUUAUUGUAAUUUAUUCCUCGGAAAUGUUCUUUUAUGCUUUAAGGGUAUUGCAAACGGAUAAUUUUUAAGGGAUUUAGUAUAGGCUUUAUUAUAGAUUUUAUUUUUGCAAGUGUAUGCAUUAAUUGUAAAUGAUUAUAAGUUUUGUAAACUACCUAUAGACCUUAUACGUUCUAUAAUAGGUAAUUUCCAACCAUUAUUCAUUCGCAUCAAAGUGCAGUUUAUUGUUAAAUUUUUUAUGUGAUUUUCCAACAGUUUGGCAAUUUUUAGAACUCGUAUUAAAAGAAAUAUAUAUAUAAACAUGUGCUAUGUGUAUAAUAUUACAUAAUGAACAUAAUAUUAUAUAUUAUUGAACUUUGUAACAAAACAAUGAUACUUAAUAUCCAUAUACUUAUAUUAGUUAUACUUGCAAUAAAAAAAACUGCAGUAAUUGUUCUGUUGUAUAGUAGGAGUCGAUUUUAUCUCGUCAUUGGAUUGGUCAUUAUGAUGGAUAUGUAACUUAUGUAGAAUCUUGUAGAAUAUGGUUGGUAAUCCUAUUGAUGUAUUAUCAUGUUAUUAUAUUAAAAAAUAAAUAAAAAUUAAUUUA